AUGAUUAUUCGAAAAUUUUAUUGCUUCGGAAAUUUGUAUCUUAUAUUUUUAGUUAUAUUAAUUUGGAUUAAGAAUUCAAAAUCACAUUUUACAUCAACACAACCUCUUAUUUAUCUAUCUGAUGGUUCACCUAUAUUAGGGCAAACAUUAUUAGCUCCAAAUGGAAAGAUAGUUACACAAUUUUUAGGAGUGCCUUUUGCUGAACCACCAAUAGGAAAUUUAAGAUUUAGAAAACCAUUACCUAAAAAACCAUGGAGACAUGUUUUAAAUGCAACAACACCCCCAAAUGCAUGUGUCCAAUCAUUAGAUACCUAUUUUGGUGAUUUUUUUGGUGCAGAUUCAUGGAAUUGUCAUGGUCCUUUAUCUGAAGAUUGUUUAUAUCUUAAUAUAUAUAUACCAAAUGAAAUUGAUUCAACCAAAAAGUUAGCUGUACUGAUAUGGAUAUAUGGUGGUGGAUUUUGGAGUGGUUGUUCAAGUCUAGAUGUAUAUGAUGGAAAAAUAUUUGCUACUGAGGAAAAUGUUAUUAUUGUUACAUUAAAUUAUAGAGUUACAGUUUUUGGUUUUCUUUAUAUGGGAAGAGAAGAAGCACCAGGAAAUAUGGGAUUAUGGGAUCAAUUAAUGGCAAUGAAAUGGGUACAUAAACAUAUAGAGGUAUUUGGUGGUGAUCCAGAAACAGUAACAAUAUUUGGUGAAUCAGCUGGUGCUGCUUCUGUUUCAAUGCAUAUGCUUAGUGAAAAAUCAACACCAUAUUUUAAAAGAGCCAUACUUCAGUCCGGAAGUGCCACAGCUCCAUGGGCAUUAGAAAAUAGAAAAGUUGCAUUACAUAGAGUACUUGUAGUAUAUGAACAUAUGAAAUGUGGUAAUAUUUCAAGAAAUUUAGAUGAAGUAAAUAUGGAUAAAGUAUUAGAUUGCUUUAUGAAAGCAAGUGCCAAAAAAAUUCUUGAUUCGGAAUGGUCACCAGUAAUGGAAUUUGCUGAUUUUCCCUGGGUACCUGUUAUUGAUGGUGAUUUUUUGGUUGAACAAGCCUCAACAUCAUUAAAAGAAGGGCGUUUUAAAAAAACAGAUUUAUUAGUUGGUUCCAAUCAAGAUGAAGCAAUAUAUUUUAUUGUCUAUCAAUUAGGAGAUAUUUUUCCUCCUGAAGAAUUUUUUGUAAAAAAAGAAUUUAUAAAAAAUAGAGAAAAUUGGAUUAGGAGUAUUCAUAAUUUAUUACCAAGACAAUUUUUAAAAAAUUCAUUAGCUAUGUCAGCUAUAAUACAUGAGUAUGAACCAAAUUCUUUACCUGUUAAACCUCAGUCAUGGGUUGAUUCAUUAGAUAAAAUGCUUGGAGAUUUUCAAUUUACUUGUAAUGUUAAUGAAUUUGCCUUAGCUCAUGCCAUACAUGGUGGACAGACAUAUUAUUAUAUGUUUUCUCAUCGAGCCUCAGAACAAACAUGGCCAGAAUGGAUGGGUGUUUUACAUGGUUAUGAAAUAAAUUUUAUUUUUGGUGAACCUUAUAAUACUGAUAAAUAUAGUUAUACUAAAGAGGAACAAGAAUUAGCAAGUAGAUUUAUGAGAUAUUGGGCAAAUUUUGCAAGAACAGGUAAUCCUAAUAAAAAUCCAGAUGGUACAUUUACUGCAGAUAAUUGGCCAAAAUAUACUCAACAUACGAUGGAAUAUAUGAAUUUAACAAUUGAAUCAGCAUACGCAAAUGGUGCCAAACUUAUUGGAACUGGACCUCGUCGAAAAGAAUGCUCAUUCUGGAAAGCAGUUCUUCCCAAUUUGAUAACAGCAACAAAUGAUGUAGGAGAAUCAGUUAUACAUUGGAGAAAUUUAAUGUCUAAAUGGGAGAAUGAAUAUAUCGUAGAUUGGCAAUUUCACUUUGAGCAAUAUAAGAAAUAUCAAUCCUAUAGACAUUCCGAUGCCAAUGGUUAUUGUGAUCUCUAA